AUGGGCAAUUUCGGCGCAGGCCACGACCACGACCACGACCACGACCACGACCACGACCACGACCACGACCACGUCCACGGCCGCGGGAUGGUGCCUGCAGCCUGCACUGCACUGCACUGCACUGCACUGCACUGCACUGCUGCCGCUGCCGCUGCAGCUGCAACCGCAGAGUUUCCCGGCCCUGUCGGACGGCGCAAAUUGACCCGAGGCGCUGGGCUCUCUUCAUCCGAGCCCAGAGGGAGAGCUGGUCGAGCAGAUGAUGCUUUUGCCGCCUUCUUUUUUGUUAGCAAGGGGAUUCCGCGCACCUUGCCGUCUGGUCAGAUCCGACGACGCCGAGGAUGCCACAUGCACCCUGCCACCCGCAGCACGAGUCGCGCGGCGAACCGUGGGUCUGGCGCCCAUCCAUCAUCGCAUUCAUCGCAUCCAUCGCAUCCAUCGCAUCCAUCGGGUGCUGGCACUCGGCGUCUGGGCGUUUUGAUAUUCGGCUGCGGGGCUUUCACCGCUUCGUUGGUCCCGCACUGGGAGGGGGCAGCGCCUGCUGCUGCUGCCGCUGCUGCUGCUGCUGCUGGCCCGCUCGGGAGUAGCGCGGCAAACCCCGAACCCCGCCUGGCCAGCAGAGGGGCAGAGGGGCAGAGGGGCAGAGGGGCAGAGGGGCAGAGGGGCAGAGGGGCGGCGCUGCUGGGCGGCACUGGCCGCGGGGCAAACCCCACGCUCCCAGUCAGCUGCCUGCUGCACCGCACCGCACCGCACCGCACCGCACCGCACCGCACCGCACUGCAUUGCAUUGCAUUGAAUUGCAUCAACCUUGCACUGCGUCGCAUUGCAUCAACGUUGCGUGGCCGCCGUCGCGGACUUUUGCAAAGUCGUCGUCGUCGUCGUCGUCGUCGACAUGCACGCAGCAUCUUCUCGCCAACGCAAGCUUCAACGGCGUCUGGUCGCCAGCGUGCGCCAGCGUGCGCCGGGGCCAGACGCCACUUGGCGCUGGGGGUGGAAAGCCGCCAGGGCCGCCCCUCCAAUCCGAGCGCGGCCGGUUGCCAGCGUGCCUUGCAUGUGCUUUUGCUUCAAGUGCUUCAUUGCUGCUUCAACUGCUUGCUUGCUUCAUGUUGCUUGCUUGCUGCAAGCAAGCCCUCCCACCCAACUGGUUCGGCGGGCGUCAAGCUGCCAAUGCGAAGCGAAUCACGCAAGCCUGCCGCAACGCAGGGACCAUCCGAUCAAAUCAUCAUAUCCGGUCGACAAGUUCCUGCGUCCGCCAAGGAUUUGAACGGAUCCAGAAACACAUAA